GUGGGAAUAAUUGAUUGAGAUUCUGACUGUACACAGAUUAAUUUGUAGCCGAGAGAAUUCAAUUUCCAUAUAAAAAUUGUUUUUCUCCAAGCCCCCUCACCCCCACUUGUAGUGAUUGCAUGUGAGGUUGUUGCAUUAGACAAACUGAGAAGGGCCUAUUUAAGUAGCAGCUACAUUUCUUGGUAAGUACCCAUUACAUUAAGGAUUCAUCCCAAUUCCAAUUCCUCAAUAUUCAUCCACCAAUAUCAUUUUCUUCUUCUGCUAAAAGAAAUGGCCAAAUGUGGCAUUCUUGCACUGGGUUUCAUAAUAGGUUUUGUUAGCUUUUUCUUCAAUGCAAACGCUUUCACAGCUUCUGGAUGGACGAGAGCUCAUGCCACUUUUUAUGGUGGGGCUGAUGCUUCUGGCACAAUGGGGGGUGCUUGUGGAUACGGCAACUUAUAUACAACAGGGUAUGGAACUAGAAGUGCUGCAUUGAGCACUGCCCUGUUCAACAGUGGAGGAUCUUGUGGGCAAUGCUACAAGAUCAUCUGUGAUUACAAAGCAGAACCACGAUGGUGCAAGAAAGGAGUAUCUGUUACCAUUACUGCUACAAACUUUUGCCCACCAAAUUAUGCCCUUCCUAGCGACAAUGGAGGUUGGUGUAACCCCCCGCGACAACAUUUCGAUAUGGCACAACCUGCUUGGGAAAAGAUUGCCAUUUACAGAGGUGGCAUUGUCCCUGUAAUCUACCAAAGGGUUCCUUGCAAGAAGCAUGGUGGAGUUAGAUUCACAAUCAAUGGAAGGGACUAUUUUGAGCUAGUAUUGGUAAGCAAUGUAGGAGGGGCUGGAUCUGUUCGAUCAGUUCAAAUCAAAGGCUCAAGAACAAACUGGAUGACAAUGUCUAACAACUGGGGAGCCAAUUUUCAGUCCACUGCUUAUCUCAAUGGACAAUCCCUGUCCUUCAGGGUCACUGCAACAGAUGGUGUCACAAAAACAUUCCUAAAUAUCGUUCCAGCCAAUUGGCAAUUCGGGCAGACAUUCUCAAGCCCCACUCAGUUCUCAUAAAGCAAACGCAAGAAAAGAAUUUAGAGUUCUUGUGUUCAUAGGCAGUGGCGUGCUUAAAUAUUUUACCGAAAGCAGCCAUGCCCUCUUUUUUCCCUCUUUUUUUAUGUUUUUGUUUUUGUUUUAAUUCAGCAAUACUACUGGCAUAAGAAGAAAAGAUGGAAAUGUAUACUUCCAAUUAUUAACAUAGCCUUGUCCACAGAAGAUUAAUGAGACUGUAUCUCUUUGUGGGUCU